UAGCCUGGUAGCCCGCGGGUUCGGCGUCACAUCGCGGGUCCUACAGCCAGUGUUCCCGCUCCGGUCGAAAUUAGUGCCCGCCUCCUCCUGGGGCCCGUCAACAUGAGCGUCGCAGGGGAAACGUGCUGCGUGUCCUGUCUGCAGUUGCCGCCGCUGUUGUUGUUGUUGUUUACAGAGCGCCCCGUUUUGCUGGCUUCCGCCCACUAGCAUCACCGUCCCGCGGCGAUGUACAACGAGGGGGACGAGGCGCAGGGCGACUGCGGCUCCCGGGAGGAGUGGACGCUGCUGUUCUGGACUUCUCUGGCCGUCGUCGUCCCGGUCAUCAUCACGCUGUGGUGCAGCGCCCAGCGCUCCAAGCGGAAAACGCACAUGAAGGAUUUCUUCCGCAAGAGCAAGCACGGCUGGCACUACACAGACCUGUUCAACAAGCCCACCUACUGCUGCGUCUGCUCCCAGCACAUCCUGCAAGGGGCUUUCUGCGACGGCUGCGGCGUGUGCGCCGACGAGCAGUGCCUGCGCCGGGCCGACCGGAGCCUGCCGUGCAAGGAGAUCAUGGCCCCCUCCGGCCCCGAUGGAGCCAUGGAGCACCGCUGGGUCCGCGGAAAUGUGCCCCUCGCUAGCUACUGUGCCGUGUGCAAGCAGCAGUGCGGAACGCAGCCGAAGCUCUGCGACUUCAGGUGUGUGUGGUGCCAGACCACAGUGCACGACGACUGCAUGGACAGGCUGGCGGACGCAGACCAGUGUGACCUGGGCGAGUUCCGCAGCCUCAUCAUCCCUCCUCACUACCUCUACCGUGUCAACAAACUCCGCCGCAGGCACCCCGACGAGUACAGCAAGCUGGCGUCUUCCUGCGGCAGUGGCUGGACUCCGGCGUUGGUCUUGGCUAACACACGUAGCGGUAACAACAUGGGGGAGGCUCUGCUCGGAGAAUUUCGCACACUCCUCAACCCAGUGCAGGUGUUUGACCUGUCUGAGCUGUCUCCCUCCAAAGCCCUCCAGCUGUGCACCCUCCUGCCCCCUGGCAGCGUCCGGGUGCUGGUGUGUGGAGGUGACGGCACGGUGGGCUGGGUGCUGGAUGCCAUCGAUAGUAUGAAGCUAAAGGGCCAAGACCAGUUUAUUCCCAGGGUGACCAUCCUGCCCCUGGGGACAGGAAAUGACCUUUCCAACACUUUGGGCUGGGGUGCCGGGUAUGCCGGAGAGAUCCCUGUGGAACAGGUUCUCCGUAACAUCCUCGAUGCCGAGGUGGUCAAAAUGGACAGAUGGAAAGUGCAGGUGGCUUCAAAAGGCCUCUACUUUCGUAAACCAAAGGUUCUGUCCAUGAACAACUACUUCUCUGUGGGGCCCGACGCUCUGAUGGCGCUAAACUUCCACACACACCGCGAGAAAACACCCUCCUUCUUCUCCAGCCGCAUCAUCAACAAGGCUGUGUAUUUCCUGUAUGGCACCAAAGAUUGUUUAGUGCAGGAAUGUAAGGAUCUGGAUAAGAGGAUUGAGUUGGAGCUGGAUGGGGAGAGGGUGGUGCUGCCCAGUCUGGAGGGCAUCAUAGUUUGUAACAUUGGCUACUGGGGUGGAGGCUGCAGACUCUGGGAGGGUAUGGGGGAUGAACCCUGCCCCCCCACAAGACUUGACGAUGGCCUGCUGGAGGUGGUGGGUGUGUUUGGCUCCUUCCACUGUGCACAGAUCCAGGUUAAGCUGGCCAACCCUGUACGGCUGGGACAGGCCCACACCGUCAGGCUCGUUCUCAGAAGCUCCAAGAUGCCCAUGCAGGUGGAUGGUGAGCCGUGGGCCCAGGGGCCCUGCACCAUCACCAUCACCCAUAAGACCCAGGCUCUCAUGCUGUAUCACAGUGCAGAGCAGACGGACGACGACGACGAGGAAUCCAGCGCCUCCGAGACAGAGAGCCCCACCCCUCACGACUCGCCCAGGCCCCCGGAGUCGGCCUCCGCUCGUGCAAGACCCACCCCAAACAUCAUGUGAUCUGAAGCUCUUCUUAACUUAAGUUUCUGUCUUCUUUUUCUUCACCCCAGCUUCUGUUAAUCCCUCAUGUGCAAUGGCACUUGGUCGUCAUCCUCUACUAUCUUUGAUAGUAUAGUACUUUAUCCUCGAAUCAUGUCGAUGAGAAUAGAUGUCAUAAUUUUCAUGUCUAAUAAUUUCAGACCUUUUCAGAGAGAGUUCAGGGGUUAGAAGGGUUAGUUUGUAACUGGGCUGGUGUGAGCUGUUUUUCCUCCACACUCCACAUAUACUGGAACCCAAAGCUCAGGCAGUUCCCCCUCCAGAGGUGGGACAGUCGGGAGGAGGUGAAUGUUACAGAGAAAGAUUGCUGUUUGGUUUUUUUUGUUUGUUUUUCUUACACUGAUCCCUUGUGCCAUAGAUGUCUAUAGUUGACUAUACUGUAUUUAUUAUACUGUAUUUACAACUGAAUGCCCACUGCAGCCCAGCAGGUAUCAGUGAGCCGAGUGGAGGUUUCACUGAAGGGGCCUGCGAAAGCUUUACUGUCCAUUAAUGAAAUUUUAUUACAUCAAAAGCACAAACAACAAACAGCAAAUAUAUUUUCUGCAAGCAAGCAGAGUUCUAGUGGGUUAUGGGUGAAAAGUAUCUGUUAAAUUCCACUUUCGGGCUCUUCAUCAAUGUUGAUAGUUUUCUAGUGUCUCCUGCAUUUGUCACCCAAGGUAAGGCUUUGAAAUGUGUGCGUAGGCCAAAAGGUCUCUGACUCUCGAUGCAGCACGGGCUCUGUCACACCUGCAAUGUGCCGUCAUUCACUGGACAUCGAUGUUGGUUUGUUUACUCUGUGAUGCACUGUCUCAAGUCACUCGCCAAACUGCUAGAUUGUACUAAGAUAAAGUCUUGAAACUAUUUUCAAGUUUCCUGUAAGAGCCACAGGAAACCAGCUGACUUGUUGGGGUUUAUUUUGAAAGUACUGUCAAGUAACUGUUGUUCCGAGGAUCCAUUUCGCCUACAUGUAAGACCUCCCCCCCCCCCCUCUUCUUUCUAGAGUUCCUCCCGUUGACAUAUUUUGUGUUGCACUGUUUUGGCACUUACACUGAUUAAAUACUUUACAGGUAUUUAUUUAACACCAUACACUGUUUAGGGCGUAGGUUACAUACAUAAUGCUGACCUUUAAUGUUACUGGCGAUGGUGAUAACUGCUGAAGAGAUUAUGCCGUGUCAUGUUGUUUUACAUUAACCAAGAAGUACUCCAGCAUUUCGUAACUUGUGUUUUACCAAAUAGUCCCCACAAGGUGGCGGACUGGAGACAGUAUUUCCUGCAGACACCAAGUAGAGGUGGUCUUCUGCUCAGACCUCCACAGAUCAGGAUUAAUACCAUCACUUGCAUGUACUUUCCUGUGUACUUGGUCACGUGACAUUGAUCUACCUGUUGAAUGUUAUUGGUUGCAUCUUUCCUGUUUUCCACAUAAUUUGCGCAAGAGGUGGUCUUUGUUUCUGUCUGUAAAACAACCUUCCUGUAGGGAAACUAAUUUCGCCAUCUGAGGUGGUCCUGUUUAUCGCAGAAUGCCUGUUGCUCACAGCCAUAUAAGAAGAGUCUGUAGAAUGCUAGUUUAUGCUUUCUAAUGAACCGGGAGCCAUCUUGCAGCCCAAAAGGCUGAACAGGGUUCGGUUUUUAGCCGUGUGAUGCCUAUGCUUUUGGAAUAUGCACCUCCUUGGCAGGUAACCAAGCUUCAUGGUGUCAUAACCCUCUGUUUGUUUGGUGAAUGUCUUCUUGCUCAAGGACACCUGCUCGACCUUUUACCUUAUCAAUGUUUACCAGACUUGUUCAUGUUGUGUUGAGUUGUGUUGCACUGAAUUUACUUAAAAGGAUCUGGGGUUUAUUCGCGGGUUUUUUAGCCACGCUAGCAGCAUGGCUCUAGUUCAAAACACUGUUUUGGACCAAUUUUUUUUUUUUUUUUUUUUUUUUUAAUCCAAUUUGGUACAGGUAUUGAUGGUCCAUAGAGAAUGAAUGCUAAGGUUGAUCCUCUGAGUAUUUAUUUAAAGUAUUUUAUUUGUGCUUGUCAAACACUUCAGUUCAUGACAAUAAUCCAAACCUACUGGCCAGAUUUCUCCCAGCCUCAGCUGCAGUUUGAGACUCAUGCUAGGUCACAUGCUAACAUGCUAAAUAUUAGCAUAAUUCAUCCUUACCGGAGACAUGACAGCAACAUAACUGUCUAGCUUUCGGCUCAAAUCAGAGUUGGGCCUAAAUACAGCUUGGGUUCGCAAACACAGCAUAAAGCUGCACUGAUAAAUAUUUUUAGAUUUUUAUGUGCAAUGUAAAAUGGGUUGCUCAUAAGUCUGAAGAUACCAGACUUACCAGCAACUUUGCCGUUCCCCUCAGAUUUACAGAGAGCUUCAGCAUCAUUCAGUUCAUUGUUUUGGUUUUGUGGCCCACAACUUAAUUGUUUACGUUGAAUCCCACGAAUCUCAUUAAUCCUGUGUUUUCUCUGAUAAAAGGCCAGCUCUGAUAAACCCACUGUACACAGAAAGCCCACCACAAAUAGCGCAAAGUCAAGAGUAGCGGCUGGAUAGUGGCUGGUUAGUGGCUGGCUGUGUGCUAGCCCAGUGGCCAAAGAGCCAUGACUUCAAAUUAAUGCCAUUGUUGGUCCCCGUCUGCUGGUGAUGUAAAGGCUUUUGUUUGCUAACAUGUUCGGCAUAUAUCAACUUUAUAAGGCAAUGACGUGUAUAAACGUGUGCAUGGAGUUAUGCUCCUUAGAAGCCAAAGCAAAAACUGGAUCAAUGCAGCUUGGAACUGAUGAAAGUUGACAAUGUGCCUGACAAGCAGAGGAUAACCCUUUUGAUUUACGUACCAACAUGGCCCUUUGUCUGGGUCCAACAUCAAAUUUUUUUUUUUUUUUUUUAGGAUUUAACAACAGCAAAGUGGUCUCUCAAACCAUCCAAAAAAUGUGUUUUCAGGUGCAUAAUGACUACACCAAGGGUUGCUAGCGUGGCUGAUAACCUUUAUUUGUUUUAUUGUGUGGGAUGGAGGGAUAUGAUUGAGAUGUUGUUGGUUGUUUUUGAAUGCUCCCACUUCAUAGCUGUCAGUUUAUUAUUAUUUGUUAAAGCUCUGCAGUUAUAAUACUGAAUUUUUAUGCUCAAUUUGGAAAGAGUGAGUGAAACUGUGUCAUAGUGUUGCUAUCCUUGACUAACAUCAGAUCAAUAGUGCUGGGCUUCUGCAUUCAAAAUUCAGUUGACCCUCACAUUUCACUAUAUCAUGUGUACCAAAAUGCUUUCUUUAUUAUUAUAUUUGCAUAUGCUCACUUUUUUUUCUGUCAAAU